AUGAGCAGGAAAACGCGCUGCUGGAGUUUCCACAUGUUUCUCUGCUUGGGAAUAGUGUAUUUGAAAAUAGGGGGUUUUCCGUCCGUGCUGGCAUUAGGCGCGAGGAUAAUCUGUAACAAGAUCCCGGGUCUAGCUCCCCGACAGCGGACGAUCUGCCAGAGCCGCCCCGACGCCAUCAUAGCGAUCGGAGAAGGAGCUCAGAUGGGCAUCAAUGAGUGUCAGUUCCAGUUUAAAAACGGACGGUGGAACUGUUCUGCCCUGGGAGAGAGGACUGUAUUUGGAAAAGAGCUGAAAGUGGGUAGUAAGGAGGCUGCCUUCACCUAUGCCAUCAUCGCGGCAGGUGUGGCCCAUUCCUUCACAGCAGCGUGUACCCAGGGGAGCCUGUCUGACUGCGGCUGUGAUAAGGACAAGCAGGGGACCUACAGCCAGGACGAGGGCUGGAAGUGGGGAGGCUGCUCGGCUGACGUGAGCUACGGCCUGGGGUUCUCUAAGGUCUUCGUAGACGCGAGAGAGAUCAAACAGAACGCCAGGACCUUAAUGAACCUCCACAACAACGAGGUGGGACGCAAGGUCCUGGAGAAGAGUAUGCAUUUGGAGUGUAACUGUCACGGAGUGUCAGGAUCCUGCACCACUAGGACGUGUUGGACCACGCUGCCCAUGUUCCGCCAGCUGGGGUACAUUCUGAAGGACAAGUACAACCAGGCCGUGCACGUAGAACCGGUGCGCGCCACGCGCCACAAACGACCCACCUUCCUGAAGGUCAAGAAGGCCCACUCCUACAGGAAGCCCAUGGACACAGACUUGGUGUUUGUAGACAGGAGCCCUAACUACUGCGAGGCCGACCUGGUCACCGGCAGCGUGGGUACCCACGGGAGGUUAUGUAACAAGACAGCCCAACAGACUAAUAGCUGUGACCUGAUGUGUUGUGGACGAGGUUACGACACUCACCAGUACUCUAGAGUCUGGCAGUGCAACUGCAACUUCCUCUGGUGCUGCUAUGUGAACUGUAAUACCUGCAGAGAGAGAACAGAGGUAUACACCUGUAAGUAA